GCGCUACCCUUAUUCUCAGCGUCUCCAUGCAAAAGCCUGCCCGGGGUGCCCUUCUGUUCAGGAAAGUGUAUUUUAGUGUACCCGGAAGAGGAAUAAAUCUUUCAAGCAAAUUCCCUUUCUGCUGCGCUUCUCUACCCCCUCCCCCCUGUGAAUUCAGGGUAAAAGUUUUUCUUAACUUUUCCCUCCCAGCCCCCUGCCCCUCCCCUCAGGAAUCCGCCCAGAGCUCCGCAGACCUAGCCUCUCCCGUUCCCUCGCCCGCCCCUUCCGACUUCCACCCAAUCCGAAGGCAGUCACACAGAAAACAAAGGCUGCUAUUGGGCCUCCCUGGAGCUCGAGGGCCCGCCCCCGGAGUGGUUUGUGAAUGGGGGGAGGGGAGGGGGCGGGGCGGGGCGGAAUCCUGCGAGCCCGACGCUUCUUCUGUAGAGUUGCGCGGCUCCGAGGCGUUACUCUGCGCUCCCUCCCGGCGGGCAGAGCUCCCUCACCGCCCAGAGUUGCGCGGGGCUGGAGAGGCCAGGCCCAGGCCGCGGGCACCGGGUUCUCGCAGCUUCGGACGCAGUGUGACUGGGUUUCUUAAAAGAACUGGCCGAGCUCUUGGCUCCAAGACGCCGAUCGGACUCAGAGCGAGAAUCAGCCGUUUGACUGAAAGUUGGAGCCAAGCUUUGGGGGCUGAAGAAGGACCGAGGAGCGGAGAAGGAGGAGGAGGCGGCGGCGGCGGCGAGCGGAGCCUCGAGGAGAGGAGGCGGAGCAGCACCGUUGAGGCGGCGGCUUUGGCUAGCAAGCGGCGGCGCCGGGCUCUCGCCUGCCGGGGGCCAGACUUGGUGUGGGGCGGGGGGGCGCGCGCCUUAUUGAGCUCAGUGAGUCAAGAGACUUGGGCAAACUUUGAAGGGUAACCGGAGACGCUUGUUGCUCCUCGCCGCAGAAAAAGCCGCACCGUUACGUCGCAUCGAGAGGAGAAGGCGGCCCCCAGUCUGCGCCCCCAGCCCAGGGAGAGGAGUUUGGACCCCCGGCGGCUGCGCCAGUGCUGGGCGGAGGCGCCCCCGUGGCGCGAGCACCCCAGCUGCAGCGCCCUCUGUUCCGCGCCGCCCACGGCCCAGCCCCGGCGCCGGGAGGACUCUCAUGCGCCCGGCGCAGCGGCGCCUCCCCGGAUCCCAGCCUCUCCCGGCUGCCUGGUCGCGUUUCUCGGGCUGAGAGUGCCGCUGCACCCGCGGCCGGCGAUGCGGGGCUCCCGCGCGGCGGCGUCGCGCUUGCCUCUGGACCUUUGCACCCUGGUGCUGGCGCUGCUGGGCGCACUGCCCGCGGGCGCCGGGGCGCAGCCGUACCACGGAGAGAAGGGCAUCUCAGUGCCAGACCACGGCUUCUGCCAGCCCAUCUCCAUCCCGCUGUGCACGGACAUCGCCUACAACCAGACCAUCCUGCCCAACCUGCUGGGUCACACGAACCAAGAGGACGCGGGCCUCGAGGUGCACCAGUUCUACCCGCUGGUGAAGGUGCAGUGUUCUCCCGAGCUGCGCUUCUUCCUCUGCUCCAUGUACGCACCCGUGUGUACGGUGCUCGACAAGGCCAUCCCUCCGUGCCGCUCUCUGUGCGAGCGUGCCCGCCAGGGCUGUGAGGCACUCAUGAACAAGUUCGGCUUCCAAUGGCCUGAGCGGCUGCGUUGCGAGAACUUCCCCGUGCACGGCGCUGGCGAGAUCUGCGUGGGCCAAAACACGUCGGACGGCUCCGGGGGCGCGGGCGGCGGCCCCACCGCCUACCCUACCGCACCCUACCUGCCCGACCUGCCCUUCACCGCGCUGCCUCCGGGGGCCGCUGACGGCCGGGGCCGCUCCGCUUUCCCCUUCUCGUGCCCCCGCCAGCUCAAGGUGCCCCCCUACCUGGGCUACCGCUUCCUGGGCGAGCGCGACUGCGGCGCCCCUUGCGAGCCGGGCCGCGCCAACGGCCUUAUGUACUUUAAGGAGGAGGAGAGGCGCUUCGCCCGCCUCUGGGUGGGCGUGUGGUCUGUGCUCUGCUGCGCCUCGACUCUCUUCACCGUGCUCACCUACCUAGUGGACAUGCGGCGGUUCAGCUACCCGGAGCGGCCCAUCAUCUUCCUGUCGGGCUGCUACUUCAUGGUGGCCGUGGCGCACGUGGCCGGCUUCCUGCUGGAGGACCGCGCCGUGUGCGUGGAGCGCUUCUCGGACGACGGCUACCGCACGGUGGCGCAGGGCACCAAGAAGGAGGGCUGCACCAUCCUCUUCAUGGUGCUCUACUUCUUCGGCAUGGCCAGUUCCAUCUGGUGGGUCAUCCUGUCGCUGACUUGGUUCCUGGCGGCCGGCAUGAAGUGGGGCCACGAGGCCAUCGAGGCCAACUCGCAGUACUUCCACCUGGCUGCCUGGGCGGUGCCGGCUGUCAAGACCAUCACCAUCCUGGCCAUGGGCCAGGUGGACGGGGACCUGCUCAGCGGGGUGUGCUACGUGGGCCUGUCCAGCGUGGACGCGCUGCGGGGCUUCGUGCUGGCGCCCUUGUUCGUCUACCUCUUCAUCGGCACGUCCUUCCUGCUGGCCGGCUUCGUGUCGCUCUUCCGCAUCCGCACCAUCAUGAAGCACGACGGCACCAAGACGGAAAAGCUGGAGAAGCUGAUGGUGCGCAUCGGCGUCUUCAGCGUGCUCUACACCGUGCCGGCCACCAUCGUCCUGGCCUGCUACUUCUACGAGCAGGCCUUCCGCGAACACUGGGAGCGCACCUGGCUCCUGCAGACGUGCAAGAGCUACGCGGUGCCCUGCCCGCCCGGCCACUUCCCGCCCAUGAGCCCCGACUUCACCGUCUUCAUGAUCAAGUACCUGAUGACCAUGAUCGUCGGCAUCACCACCGGCUUCUGGAUCUGGUCGGGCAAGACCCUGCAGUCGUGGCGCCGCUUCUAUCACAGACUCAGCCACAGCAGCAAGGGGGAGACUGCGGCUCCCACACACAUGGCUGGUGUGUUUUACAAACACAAGGAAUGAAAACCAGUGACAGACAGUCCUCACAAGGAGGAGGAAGGCGUGCGGCUCCACAGUGUGUGCGAAGCGGCUGUAAGAUCCUCCUGGGUUUUGAACAUCACAAUGGGUUUGAGGUCAUCUUAAAACUGUGAAGAUUUUGGCGUCUAGGAAAGAAAAAAAAAAAAAAAGAUUUCAAGUCUCUUAAGGUUUAGCCAGUUUUUGCUCAUAAAAUGACACCUUUUAGGUUAAAGCAUGGCUCUUUUAACACCACACUAAUACUGCCUGUUAAGAAUGUUUGCUUUUAGAGUCGAUGGAAGGCUCCCAAUGGGGUUUUUCGCUCUCAAAUUAACUGCUAGAGGCACUUAGACGCUUCUGUGGGGAGAGCGAGGUGGUUGUUCCUAUAAAUGUGUCCCCUCUGCCUAGUCAGCACGGCCUCGUCCUUCGGAGCGCUCGCAGACUGAAGAUCACUGGUCUUUAGUGAGGGAACAAAGGCUGCGUAAGAAUAAAUUACUACCUGCUUUUUUGUAAGCAACGA